UGUAUCUGGGGCAGCUGGGGGCGCGCAGCGAGAUGAAAAUGUUGCGCGUUCAAGGGAGGAAAAAAAAAAUUCGGAGUCUGCGCAGUUCCGUUGUUCUCGACACUCCGAACUUUCGGGAGAUCCGACGGAGGAAAGAGGGGAGGGAGCGAACAACGCCAUUUUUCCCUGUCUCUCCCUUGCUGUCUCUCAAUUUUUGCAGGGCCUGUGCAGUCAGACAGGUGUCUUCAGUCCAGACUGGCAGGGGGAUCAGGAGCAGACAGUCCUGGAAUUUGGAGUCGAUAACAAACUGAGUUGUAGUAGACCGUCAGAAGAGGAGGAGGAGGAGGAGGAGUGGACAAGGCACAGGUGGAGCCAUGUCGGCCUCUUGGCGUGAGGACGAUGAAGAGUUGAAGGUGGGAGGAGUAAAAGGAGGGUCGAGACUCAAACCGAGGUUCUCCUUCAAUGAGGUCAAACUGCUUCUGGAGGCGGUUAAGAGGAACCGGUUCAUCAUCCUCAGGAAGUUCAACCAAGGUGUGUCCCCUGAAGCCAAGAAACAGACCUGGGCUGAAAUCACCAAUCAGAUAAACAGUCUGGGAGAGAAUCACAGAGAGGUGCGUCAGAUCAUGAAGAAAUGGGCAGACCUCAAAUGUGAUGGAAAGCGACGAGCCAUAGCCCUCCGUAGCCCCAACGGCAGCAUCGGGAGGAAGAAGAACCUGGGCCCCGUGGAGAGGAUGGUCAAUAAGAUCCUAAUGAUGAGCCCUCGAGGAGGUGAGGAGAAGCAGGACUCUACUUUUAUCCGUGGCGACAGUGAUCUGGACUUUGGCGAUGACGAAGACUUUUCAAAGCUUUACAGUAAAGGCCCUCCCACCAACCCUCCCUCCUACUCCUACCUCAGCUUGACGGACAGUACCCACUCUAUACCUGGAGGAGCUCCCUACGACCUUUCUCCUCUCUCCUCACCAGAGAAAGAACUUGGUGGUGGGCCUUUUUGUAAAUUGUCCCAAACACAUGUUGUUGCUCCCCCCGUUAACAGCAGUACAUUGCUUUGCUCCAUUGCUGGUUCUCCUGUAUGUUUCCACAAACUGGGGGCGGGCCGACAGUCAUCUACUGCAGGUGAUACUUUCCACUCCUCCUCUGAUUUUGACCUGGCUGACGAUGGAGAUGGGAACAUGGACUUUGAAGAAAACGACGACGCCAUGUUCUCCUCCUACCCUCCCUCUCUUCCCCCACCCUCCUCAACCUCCCUGGACCCCCUGCCUGACAACGUCCUGCUGAGGAUGAAGCCAGUCCACACCUACUCCCGGAACAACAGCCAGAACCACACCUCCCCCAGACCCUCCUCCUCCGUGGCCGUCAUCUCCUCGGUUUUCCCUUCUGUGUCUGACUCGGACGCCGCCUCGUCCUCUGCUGCUCCUCCCCCGUCGCAGUCCCCACCAAGCUCCAACAUGACAGCCUCCCCUCUCCCUGCUCCUUCCUCCUCAUUCACUCCCCCUCCUUCCUCGUCCUCCACAUCUGUCGCAGCCAAUACCUGUACCCCUCAGCCCGCGCCUCCCUCUUCUUCCAUCCCACCGCCUCCUGGUGCUCCCACUCUUACCACUGCUGUGUCUUCCUCCUCUGCUGCUUCUACUGCGACAUCCUCUUCCAACUCUCACGAACCUUCUCCCUCCUCUUCGGUCCUCCCACCCAACCGUCCCUCCACCUCAGGCUCCAACCAGUCCGACCCUCUGCCGGCCGGAGCGUCCUCCCGCAGGGCCCACGACCACGUGGCGCAGAUGGCCUCUCAGGGCCUCCAGCAGCAGCGGGCCAGCAGGAUGCUCCUGACCUCGGUGUCUCAGUCUCUGGAGAUAUUGGCUCAGUCCGUCCAGCUGCUCGUGGAGAGCCAGCAGGAGUUUGUGCAGGAGUCUCUGACUCUGCAGAGGGAGACGGUGGACAUUCUGAGGGAUUUCUCUAACACAGCGCUGACCAUGCUGAGAGACAAAUCCAACAGUGGACAACUGGCAACACAUCAUCAUCAUCAUCCCACUGCACACUUCUGAAAAAAAUGGAGAUGGAUUUCAUGCAGGAGACCAUGUGAUUUAAACAUCCAUCUUGUUGGUAAAAUCUUGAAAGAGAUGGCUGAGUUGACAUUAAUAGCCACUUAUGGCUGCCGGACAGAAACGUUCCCUCUGAAAACGGGACAAAAAGUUGUCCCAGAGGCACAAACGCAUGGAGUUGUAGGCCAUGUUCUCAUAGGCUGUUCAUUUAUGUGCCUGAGUCUGGUUUGUUCCCUCUCCUGUUUGUUUGGUGCAGGCUCGUGUGUUUCCCACACUGUAACUGUAACUAGCAUUUUAAACCAGGAGAUUUGAGCUGCUGAAAUCUUGCACCACUUUACGGAUUUCCACACAAACGGAGAUCGACGGAGUGGAUUUUUACUUGUUGAGUGCACUGGGACACUUGGUUUAACUGGCUCACUGACUGAGAGGAAAUCAUAAAAGUAACUGUAAUAUUGAUUGUUGGAAUCUCAACUGGAGUAAAGCCUGGUUUGGUGUUGGGCUCAAGGGUAGCGCACCAUGAGCUGUCUAGACAGAGAAGAAAGCUCAUGUGGUUUUUAUAAAUUCAUCAAAGUGGUUGUUGCAUGCUCAUCUUGUCCUUAUCACAAACACAUCCUGUGCAUGCGGGAUGUGGUUAUGAUAAGGACAACAUGUUAAAGCUGUUAACGGCUUUCAUAUGGCAUAAAUGUGUUGGUUAAGAGCGUUUUUGACUGAGAAAACAAGUCUAUGAUGCUCUGGAGGAAGGACAACAUUUUUUAUUGUUUUGUUUAAAAAUUAUUAAUGGGAAUAUCAAGGUGGGACCAGUAACACAGCUGCCCACUGAGAGUUCAUACUAAGCUCUGAAUGUGGUGAAACGGUGAACUUUAAAACGUGUCAGCCACCUCGACCUGUGAUAAAGCAAGGUUAAUAAAUGAUGUAGACACUAAUGUAGAAUAAGCUCGAGCUAACUCUUUCAGAAAAUUGUCACACCCCACAAUCCUAAACCCGAGACCUUUGGCAGACUUCAGUGUCUGAAUUUAGUACAAAAUAGCAGUGUAUGAAAGACACUGGUGUUAUGUACACACAGCUUUGCAUUUUGUUUUUUAACACCAAUAAACAUCAGAUCAGUGGAGAUACUAAGAGAAUUGUUUAAAGAAACAUGUCAGUAAUUUGGAAGUUGUGGUGCCAACAAUAAACAUGAAGACGAUGUGCUUCUGAAACUCUUGUUCUUUGAUCCUCUUCUCUGUCUGCAGAUACACCCUUUACUGAAAAUGACUGAAUUACCAAAUGACUUGUAGCUGUCUGCUGUAACACCAGGCUAUGGGAUGUUUCCAACAACCAAACCCUGAAA